AUGGAACCGGAAGACGUUCCGCCUGGAUUGGCGAUGAGUCUGGAUCUGGAUGUCGUUCGUGGUUUGCUGGAGGAGCAGAGCAAUACACUUAUGGCAUCAAGCAAUCAGAUGCUGGAUGUCAUGAUGCGGGAAUUGCAGGGGAAGUGGAUGUCGCAACUUGUGGAGCUCCGUGAGAGGGCUGCUGCACAGAAUGAUCUUGUGUGCGAGCUUACGAAGCGGUGCCGAAGCUUAGAACAAAAUCUGCGGAAUAUGGAAGACGAACGGAGUGUUGUGCUCAUGCACCCGCAAGAUGGCGGAGUGGCGGAACUGGAGCCAAGAGGGAGGCUGUGUGACCAUGCUCGGGCCGAGGCUCAGGGCCAUGAUGAUGAGGAUGACAGCACUGCUAGUUUGGAAGACACGGGCAACAGUUGGGGUCGAGAUUGGGGUCGGAAGCGCUGGUAUAGGCGUUCAUGGAACCGUCAUGGAUGGAAACCCGGAUGGGGGCGCAACUGGUAUGCAAGCCACAAUGGUUUUGGCAACUGGUCUACCAGGUACAAGCACAGGCAAGUGCAUCACUCCGAAGAGAGGUGGUGGCAUCAAUGGCGGUCGAGAGAGCACCCAAGUUCAAUGGUGCAUGUUUGGAUUCAGGGUUUGGAGCCCUGGUGCCGCCAUUGGCGUUCCUCUGUCAAGGAUGUCUGUGUGUAUCAAGAUGGACCAUCUGAGCAAGCUGCGACUCUGCAUAUCACGGUCUAA